AUGACCAGUACGCUGUCGUCGCCUUCACACUCGUCCAUGCCCGUGCUACCGCCGCGCUACUCGUCGCGGUUGUUCCGAUCCUCGUUCGCCACAUGCUUCUCGGUAGUCGGUGCGGUGCGCAGCGAGCUCUGGGGCUGCGCUUUUGUUGCGCUCGUGGUGCUUCUCACGUCGCUCAACUACUGGCGCAAUCCAGUCCCAGGCUGGCGCCGUACAGCCGACAUGACGGCAGUCUUUGGCGCCGCGCUGUACCACGCCUACUGCUGCGUCGCCGUGUGCCAGGACCCGUUAGUGCAGGUGAUGUAUGCGUUGGUGGUGGCCAACUCUGGCUACUGCUACAUGCAGGCGCGCAAGGCGCCCAACCAGAACGUGUCGUCUGCCUGGCACUGCGGCCUGCACUUACUGGGCAAUGCCGCCAACGUGCUGCUAUACCACGGGAUCUAG